AAAUGAGCGGAGCCCCCGGCGGGCCCCGGCCGAGGACCCCGCCGAGCCGCGGAGCCGCGGGCGCCCCGUCGCCCCGGCCGCCCCCCGCCGACCCGCUGCGCCAGGCCAGCCGGCUGCCCAUCCGCGUCCUGAAGAUGCUCAGCGCCCACGGCGGCCACCUCCUGCACCCCGAGUACCUCCAGCCGCUCUCCUCCACGCCCGUCAGCCCCAUCGAGCUGGACGCCAAGAAGAGCCCGCUGGCGCUGCUGGCCCAGACCUGCUCGCAGAUCGGCAAGCCCGACCCGCCGCCCUCCUCCAAGCUGAACGCCGUGGCCUCCGCCGGGCUGCCCGCCGCCGAGAAGGAGCCCGCCGCCCGCCCCGCAGCCCUGAAGCCCCCGGGCAGCGGGGACGCGCCGCCCGAGGACAAGUCCAGCUUCAAACCCUACUCGAAGGGCAGCGGGGAGCCGCGCAAGGAGGGCGGCGCGGACAAGGCCGGCUUUCGGGUGCCCAGCGCCGCUUGCCCGCCGUUCCCCCCGCACGCCGCCGCCUCGCCCGGUGGCUCCCGUGGCGCCUCGCCCCAGCACGCCGACCCCAAGGGUGUCGAGGAGAAGAAGGAGCCCGAAGCGGGCAAGCCCAGCCCCGAGGGGACGGGUGGGGGGCUGGGGCGUGGGGCGGCGGAGCCUGGAGCGCACGGUGAGCCCCCCUCGGGGCGCAAGUCGGAGCCCCCUGCCCUGCCGCCCGCCGGCCAUGUGGCCCCUGUCUCACCCUACAAGCCGGGCCACUCUGUCUUCCCCCUGCCGCCCUCCAGCAUCGGCUACCACGGCUCCAUCGUCGGCGCCUACGCCGGCUACCCCUCCCAGUUCGUGCCCGGGCUGGACCCCACCAAGCCGGGCCUGGUGGGCAGCCAGCUGCCGGGGGCACUGGGGCUGCCGGGCAAGCCACCCAGCUCCAGCCCGCUCACCGGGGCCUCGCCGCCCUCCUUCAUGCAGGGAUUAUGCCGGGACCCGUAUUGCCUGAGCUACCACAGCGCCUCGCACCUGGGCUCCAGCAACUGCUCCAGCUGCGUGCACGACCCCGGCAGCCUGAAGAGCGGAUACCCCUUGGUGUACCCCACGCACCCCCUGCACUCGGUGCACACCACGCUCUCCUCCAGCGGCACCCCCAGCCUGCCCGGCCACCCCCUCUACACCUACGGCUUCAUGCUGCAGAACGACCCCCUGCCCCACAUAUGCAACUGGGUGUCUGCCAGCGGACCCUGCGACAAGAGGUUUGCCACCUCGGAGGAGCUGCUCACCCACCUACGGACCCACACGGCCUUGCCGGGGGCGGAAAAACUCUUGGCGGGUUACCCUACCUCCGGGCUGGGCUCCGCAGCCUCCUGCCACCUCCACCUCCCGCCCGCCGCCCCCGGGAGCCCCAACACGUUACCGGCCUCCCUCUCCUUGAGGAGCCCACACACUUUGGGACUAAACAGGUACCACCCCUACGGCAAGAGCCAUUUGCCCACGGCCGGCGCCCUGCCCGUGCCCUCCUUGCCGGCUGCCGGACCUUACUACUCUCCGUACGCGCUCUACGGCCAAAGACUAACUUCAGCUUCUGCACUGGGAUAUCAGUAACUACCGCAGCCCCUUCCCCUGCUCCAGCCUCCUCCUCGCCCCGGCCCCCCGCUCCCCCCUUGGACUGUGUAUUUAUUUACUGUAUGUUAGCUUAAAGCUGGGAAUAUAAGUGCAUUAAUACACCAAUGAAUCAAUGGUAUGCAAAAAGUCUGUGUCCAAAAAAAAAAAAAAAAAGGAGAAAAAAAAAAAAAAGGAAAAAAAAUUCUUUACUUUGCAGGUGUGGGGCUUUUAUUUUUCCCUUCUGUUUCUUUUGAAUUUUUUUUUUCCUCCCCCUUCUUGAUUUCCCCCCUGAGAAAUUCUUGCAUGACUCCUGACACACAAGGAAAAAAAAAAAAAGGCAUUUUCCUCCUCCCCGCUCCGUGUUUAUCAUUCUGGGAUUCUGUUCCUCUUCAUUUGUAAAGUUAACAGAUGUAAUUUUUUUAAAAAAUUUUUUUCUUUUUUCUUUUUUUUUUUAAACUUUUUUUUUUUUUGCGAUGUGUUUGGGGCCGGGGGCGGCUGCGGCGGAUGGAUGGGCGAAGGCCUGGCCGUGCAUGACCCCCGUCCCACGCCGCGGCUCGUCCCCCGUGACCGCCGCUCCCCACCCGCGGCCAAGCCCCGCCGUGGGACGCAGGACCGUGGGGGUGUGUGUGUGUCCCCGGGGGGGGGGACCGAAGAGCGGCGGCUCCAGCGGGCAGGACCGGAGCAGCGGGAGGGCGGCGAGUGUGGCGGGUGGAUGAGCUCCGGCUUGGUGCUGCAGAGGUGUCUGCCCGCAGACGCACAAGGCGUUCCAGAGAGCGGAGCACAAAGUCUUCGAGGGCUGGUGCGCGCCCGCCGGGAGGGUCAGGUCAGGAUGCAGAGGCACGGGCCGGAGCAGAAACCGUGGUGGGUGGAUGAGAAGUUUCUCGGCUGCAUAAAGCAGCUUUUCUUUCUGCGCGAGCCCUGGUGGAAGCCCCGGAGAAUACGGGCUCUGUGUUUGUCCUGGGGAGCCGGAGCGUGCGAGGGCAUCCCCUGUCCCCCCGCCAGCGUCCCCGCUCAGCCCGGAGGUCAGGGCUUUGCUUUGGGGGACGCUUCACGCCGGAGGGACAGACCCACGCUCGGAGACGGCCCCGGCAGCCAACGCCGCUGGUGGCAGAGCUCCCGCUGCCCGGGGCUACAUGCCAGAGCCAGGAAGGGAGCAGCCGGUGACGGGGAGCGGACGGGGCAGCUUGGGGACACCGGGGUGCAAAGCUGCUCCCCCGGUUUGCAGCCAUGAGCGUGGCCCCGUGCCGGAGCCUGGUGCUGCCCUGGCUGUGGUUUGCCCCCGGCCGGUCUGAGCCAUGGGACGGCACAAACGGCGAGCGGCCUCGGAGGAGACGAGUGAAGAGCAAAGACAUCGAGGUGCUCAGGGAGCCCCCCUGGCCAGAAGACCACGGGCAAGCGCCCAGGAUGCUGCAGUGACCAGGGGUGCUGUGGACGGGAGAGGGUUUUCAGAUGGCUUUGAUGCCAUGGCUGUCCCUUCCCUGGCCAUAGAUCGGUGCGCGGUGCGGAUCGUCCCAGCGGCACCUUGCAACAGCGAUGCACCGACGUCUCCCCAGCCGCACCAGGACGCCUAGUUUUGGCCAGACCCCGUGGGAAGUGCCCAGCGUGACCCGUGGCCGUGGCUCCCCGCUUCUCCUGCAAUCCCUGCUCCCAGCUGCCGGAGCCGGCCGACCCAUGCCGGCACAGCGCGGCAGUCGGCACGUGGCCACGGAGCACCCGGCUCCUCGGGCUGAGCCCGAACCUGCCGUUCCCGGCGGAGCGCAGCCCCGCUGGCGCUGAUUUACACCGGCGCACGUGUAAGUGAUACUGUUCAUUACUGUGAUGCAUGGUUAAUAGUUAUCUCUCUGUUUAUUAUCAUGAUGAAUAACCGAAGAGUCGUAAUUCUGUAUACACAAAUGUUUCAGCUAAACGCUCGCUGGAGAACGCCGGGGGAGACGCUCGGCUGACAGCUCAGUUUACAGAGUAUAUUCCUGUAGCUCAUUUCACAAUAACUAAACAGAUUUCCACCGACCAUAAUGUUUUCUAACACCGGUGUUUAUGGAAACCUCCCGGAGCAGCUUCACCCUGACUUCAUCCCACCUUCCAGCGCGGUGCGGGAGACGGGACGGAGGGAUGUGACCCCUGGAGCCCGGCGGGAGAUGACUUUGCCAGAAGAGGCAGUGGGACGCCGCUGCCGCGCCGGCAGAGCUGGCCCCGACGGGCUGAGCAGAGCUGGGUGCCGCGCUCGACGCCGCGCAGGGUGCGACGCCACCUCCGCCAGCGCCUCGUGGUCCCAAACGCCGGCGAUCGUCCCUCCUGGCCUGGCAAAACCCAGAGGACAUGCAGCAUCCCGGGCAUCUGGCAGCUUGGGGGGCUUUAUAACCACCUCUAAGCCCAGCCAGCAGACCCCCGCUACCGGAGCAGAGAACUGAAAUGGCCUUUUUUCGUCCCCCGUGCCGGUGCCCAGCGCAGCAGCUCAUGCGUCUCCGCCGGACCCCAGUGCCUCACUGGGAGAGGGAGACGCUGCUGCCCCAAAGGCAAAGGAACCGGGGGGAGCCUGGGGGACUGGUGCCACCUCUCCACGAGCAGCUCCCGCAGGAAGGGGGGCUGGAGGGGCUCGGAGAGUGGAAGACAGAGGAGAGGGGGGGACUGAAGCGUUUAAAGACGUGCUGGAUCUGUCUUGCUGAGCCCUCGCCGCCUUCUCCGCGCUGCUCUCCUACUGGGGAGGGAGGAGAGGGGGGACUGAAGCACCCAAAAAGACUUGCUGCGUUUUUCUCUCCUGGCUUCUUUGCUCGCUACCGCAGAGACCCGGACGAUGCUCCUCUCCCGCUUUCCCCCCGAGCUCCACGCGGUGCCAGGAGCCCUUUUCCACCACCAGUGCUCGGGCAGCAAUGGGUCCUUUCACCGUCCCAGCUCGGGACCUGCAUCCACGCCAUGGAGGCCGGGAGCCCCGCUCCGCUGGGCAGAGCUCCUGUGGAAGUGACUAAUUGUUUCUGCUGGAGCGAUGGUUACACCUUCGCGGGGUUUCACUCCCAGUCCCUGCACAGGCUCGGUGACGUCCAUGGGGCUGGAGCGGGACGGUGGCCAGGUCCUCCCUUCGAGGUGGGAAGAGCUGUGUCCAUGUUCUGUGGAAAAUGUCUCUGACAUGAAGCAAAGCACGAGCCGGGCUCACGGGGAGCCGCUCUUCUGUCACAGGCACGGAACAACCCGAGGUCUGCGAGAAAACGAUUGCCCAACCUGCCCCAGAUGACAGCCCCUCGCGUGGCAGGGCUGGGAAGGGGAACUUGCCGCCCCGGCUGCUGGGAAAAGGAGCCAAAAAGCCCUUUGUUCCUUCUGGGGUCUCUCUGGUGGAAUUUUGUGUUAGGAGCAAGCGCUGGGGAAGGGCUCGCUGGGUGCCCACCUCGCCCGCUCCUCCGGCUGCAGAGACGUGCUCUGCCCCCCGUUGCUGCGGUGGUAAUUCCCAAAAUGUCAUGACUUACGUGCACCGGCCAGGGAAUCCUGUGUCAGGCACCGGCAGAGCCCCGCGCCGGCUCUGCCCCACCGCCGGCUGAUGGACUUCCCUGGCUCGAAGGGGUUUCUCCCCAGGGAGCAGCGUAAGGGGAGCACCGGGCUGUCGGCGGCCGGUUUCCAGUAGCACUGGGAUCACUUGCUGGUGCAUCCUGGUGCGAGGCAGAGCCCACAGCCCUCCCAGCCACGGAGGAAGCUCUCGCAGCUUUGGGGUCUAUGCUGUCAUUUUUGGGGUCGGUUUUGCAGUUAGGGGGGAGAUGCAGGCCAGGGCAGAGCCAGCGUCUCCGGGGGCUUGGCAGGGGAUGCUCGGUGCCGGAGAGCUCAGCACCGAGCCGCGGCAGAGCCAGAGGGUGGGCAAUGGGCUCAGGAGCCCCUCUGGCUCCUGGCUUUUGGUUGCCAUGGGUUGCCCCCCACAUUGCACCCUGACACCCUUCCGCUUGCACCCCAUCACGGCGCAGUGAUGGGCUUUGGGGGAGAGGGGCUGAUUUUCUCCGCGGAUCGAGCGUGGUGGGGUGGAGCGGGGUACCGGGGAUGCUGCUGGCAUCCCGCAUCCCGCCGCCGCCUCGGGGUGCUCAUCCCUCUCCCCCGUGCCCUUCUCUCUGCUGCCGUCAACGGCCCUUUUAUCUCUUGGGGAGGUACAAAUGGAGCUGUCAGAUGCGAUCAGCCCCGCGAUAUGACAGGUUGCGGGAGCCGGGGCCCCUCGAACAGAGCAGCCUUGUCUGUCAGAGCCGCCUGACACUCCCCAUAAUGGCCAGAUGGAUGAGACUCUGAAAGUAGGGCCCGGCGCGUUUUCAACUCUAUUUUGGGUGAAAACACUUCUUGAAAGAUCUUGAAAGGAGCUGGCAGUUUAGUAGUUCAAAUGAUUAAUGAGCACUGGCUCUGCCGGGUGGAUUUCUCGCGCCGUGCCAGCAGCCGGGCUGCUCCAGCGGGCCAAGACACGCUGCUCUCCCCCCGGCUCCCCCCGGCUCCCCUCGCACCCCCAUCUCCCCCCGAGCCCCCCCGGUUUUCCCGGAAAUGACACCAACGCGACAGGCCCCGCAUAUGGAAAAAGUUAAAUAUAAAUUACUGCUGAAAGAGGCCUCGCUGAGCGGAGUUAGUUAAAGAUGUUUAUGGAUUCAGAAACACGGGCCUGCAUAUGUAUUUAGGGAUGACAAAUGUGAUUCAAUAAGUAAGGAAUUUCUCCGUGGGCUGAGGCGGGACCCGCGCGGCGCGGGCGCUGCUCUGGGCGCUCCGGCUCGGCCGCGCCAGCGCCAUAAAUCCUGCAGACAGGCUCCUUUUUCCUUCCCGGGCAGCUCGGGGUUUAUUUUCGUGGUUUGUUUUUUUUUUUUCCCCCCCAGAUCAGACCAAGUCGCUGCAUCUCCUGCACUUGGGACGUGACAGCACCGUGCACGGCCCCGUCCCCAGGCUCUCCCACCCCCCAGGGAGCCGUGCUCGACGGAGCAGCCGGACCCUUCAGGACUGUCAGCGGAUGAUUAAUGACCAUCAACCCUGGAACUGCCCCCGUUGCCAGUUUGGGUGUUGCUUGACCCCGUGCUUAAUGAGUUCAGACAUACUUCUGCAAGCCACUUUGCGCGGGCAGCUGGGGGUGCUGGGUCCCAGGGCGGAAUCCUGGGUCCAUGGCAGGGAUGCUGGAUCCCAGAGAGGAAUCCUGGAUCCCUGGCAAGGAUGCUGGGUCCCAGGGAUGGAUCCCAGGUCCACGGCAGGGAUGCUGGAUCCCAGGGAGGGAUCCCGGGUCCCGGAGAGGGAUGCUGGGUCCGUGGGAGGGAUGCUGGGUCCCAGAGAGGGAUGCUGGCUCUGGGGUGACAAACCCCAGGAGCCGGCCUCUCCGCUCCCCCCAUCCCACCUCCUCCGUGGGGCUCGUGGGGAAGCUCCUUUCGGGGGGGUCAGGGCCCGGCCAGGCUUUUGACUGACAGCCACAUUCCUUUGUCCUGAUUUUAUUCGUUAGCCGCGUUUGGCCUGGACACAGAGACAGCUAAUGAGGGACUGAGUUUAUUGCAGUUUGAUUUUUCUGUUAAAACAAUACA